CAUGAGGGCUCGCAACGCAAGCGCACCUACAGAUGCCUAGUAUUCGUACAAGCACCGCGGAACCAUGUAUCACGCGGCAAGUUUUUAGUUCUCCGGUUAACGCGGACACGCACGCUUCGAAAUUGCUCGAAGAAAGUGACACCUGGAAAUUGUUCGCCGUUCGAAAUCGAAGGAAACUCGCGCCCAAGCACGAAGCGGCUCGACGCUGGCCAACGCCGUUUAUCGCCUGGCGAUUAAUGGAGUGUUAUCGCGAGGGAUUAACGUGACCGAUCGUCGCCCGUGUCCCGAAAGGAUCGUCCCGAUCGGCUCCCGAUGGAACUCUGAGAUACAGCUGGAAAAUGGAAUCCAAGGGUUUCGCGUUGUCGCGGGUCUUCGUGUGCUGCGCGAAUGUCGUCUUCUUGAUAUCGGGUUUCGCGUUAAUGACAUUGGGGGCACUGUUAUUAGCCGACGACGAGCGAAUUCUGCUGUCUCGUUUAUUGGGACCAGGCGACAUCCACCCCGAGCAACCACUGUUCUAUUAUUUGGCCUUUGCCGUCGUUGGACUGGGAUUUUUAAUCACGCUCACGGGGCUGCUCGGAUGCUGGGCAACUUGUCUCUACAAUCGAUGCGUUACCAUUUCUUACCUGAUCGUAAUAGUCCUGCUGGUGACAAGCGAAUGCACCGUCUGUGUCCUUGUCGUCUUCUGGCCGUACCUCCUGGGCAUCGACGUGAGACCGGCGAGAUUGAUACGAGCCUUGCAGCGUAGCUAUGCAGUUCCUGGUCGAGAACAAUUCACGGCAGCCCUUGAUCUCGCGCAGACCACGGUAGGUUUCAGUUACAGUCAUGUAAUAUGAUAAGUAACGUCAAGAUC